AUGGUCAGAGACUUCAGAGUUCCCUUUCCAUUCUUUAACCGUUGUAACAAAAAUAUUGACCAGGUUAACCGGAUCCGGGAUUCCUUGGCAAUUAUGAGUGACAACAGCACUGCCUUUAGCUUACCACAGCCCCACCUCAUGCGGACGAAGCUGUGUGACCUUAAGGAUGAGGACCUUGACCCUACCUAUGUUGCAAGGCGCGACCAACUGAAAACGCUGGUUGCUAGUAUUCUCCGCCCAAAGAUAGUGCAGGGGAAAGCACUAAACGGAAAGGAAUUUAUAUCUUUCUUGGAACAGAUACUGGAUGCGCUAAAUAAAGGAGAGAUUCCAUCUACAGGGUCACUAGUUGAAAUAUCCAAUAAAGAUAUAGUUGAGAGAUGUGUGAAGCUGUACAAUGAGAAGAUGGUGAAACUGCGGCUACCUAUGACUGAAGAAUAUCUCCAAAGUGCCCAUGAAACAGCACAUAACGAAGCUAUUAAAGCAUUUGAUGCUCAGCAUUUUGGAAGACAGCAUGCCCAAAAAUCUGUAGAUCAGUUGGAUGAACAAAUGCAAGAGGUAUAUAAGAAUUUUGUUCUUGCAAAUGAAUACCAAUCGUCAAAGCUCUGUGAGGCGCUGUAUACAAAGUGUGAAGACGACAUGGACCACUUGCAAGCUCUCCGGCUCCCUUCCAUGGCUAAGUUCAACGCAGGUUUAGUGUACUGCAACCAGAGUUUUGAACACCAAUGUGUUGGUCCUUCGAAACAAAACUAUGAGCAAAGAUUAACUAAGAUGAUGGGAAAGGCACGGUCUUUGUUCAUCAAAGAAUACAAUAACAGGUUGUUCAGCUGGCUGGUUGCCUUCUCUCUGGUAAUGGUAGUGGUGGGACGGUUCAUUAUAAAAUUCAUUUUGUUAGAAAUGGCGGCAUGGACUCUCUUCAUAUUUUUGGAGACGUACACAAGGAUGUUCUGGACAGCCGAAUCUCUUUUCUACAACCCGGUCUGGCAUUUAUUUCAUCGUUGGGACUUGGGAGACUGUUGUGUAUAGUCCCGUUCUCGAUUUGGAUAAAUGGGCAAUUCCUAUAGUUUGCAUAAUUGCAUUGUGUGUGCUAUAUUGGCGGUGUUAUGCAAAGAGGAAACAUGGGUCUAGUUGGCUUCUUCCGAUGUACAACAAGAAUGGUCGGAGCAGGGAACGGUCAGAGUGAAACACAUUCUUUCCCCUUAUAACUUAUAGCAUUUUCAUGGGCAUGGCCGUUGUUUUUAUCAUCUGAAGCUCUCUGCCCGUCACCACCAUUUUUUUUUUGGAGGCAGAAGAAUUUCAGUUAGCAAGUGAAGAAAGAAUAUAGAGAGGAUGAUAUGACUGAUCCAAGUUGGUUUUGAUUGAUGCAUGUAUUCACUUAACUCUGUACCAUUUACAUAGAAUUACAUUUAUCAUGUUUUAACUUUAUAAUCGCUUUGGUUUAUAUUAAGUGUUGUUCUAACAUUUUUUCUUGUUAUAUAAAAAAUGUCAUUCUAGAAUUCCAAUACAAAA